CAGGGGGUGUGGUUGACGACAAACAAGAACAAGUUGCAUUGAUCAGAAAGAGGCUCACAACGUCCAGGGCAAAUAUGCAACCCAACGCACUGCACAAGCUCUGCUGAUAUCUGUAUUUCCUUUAAGAAGAAGAAUAGGAAGGUUUCAACAAGUGGUCUUUAGUGGACAUUCGGAACAGUUGUAGGCCUACAUACAUUUCCAUUGCGUCCCUACGCAAUAAUGUUCCAGAGUUGCACCCUGGUUUUGUUGGUGGCUCUCUGCUACGCCGUAUACCAGACAGAGGCGAAGGGGUGCUCUGGGUCAUCAUGUGAAGGGAAAUGUGACUGCAGUGGAGUGAAAGGAGCAAAGGGUGAGCGUGGAUUUCCUGGUCUCCAAGGCAACAUGGGGUUCCCGGGCAUGCAGGGCCAUGAGGGACCCGCUGGGCCGAUGGGCCCUAAGGGAGAGUAUGGCGAGUCGGGAACUCCCGGGAUGAAAGGGACACGUGGUCCUAAUGGUUUGCCAGGCUUCCCAGGAAACCCAGGGCUUCCGGGCAUCCCUGGACAAGACGGCCCGCCUGGAUCGCAGGGUAUCCCAGGGUGCAAUGGAACAAAGGGAGAUCGAGGGACAGACGGACAGUCUGGGUUCCCUGGUCUGCAGGGUCCUCCUGGUAUCCCCGGACUUAUGGGAAUGAAAGGAGAUGCAGGUGGUGUUAUUGGAGUCAUCCCACUGAAAGGAGAUAAAGGAUUCCCUGGAACACCUGGUUUACUGGGUCCCAAUGGCCCCUCGGGGCCUGAAGGCCCACCAGGAAACCAGGGAUCAGAUGGACCCAGAGGUUUCCCUGGCCCACCUGGCCCCAAAGGAGAAAAGGGGGACAGGCUGUCUUUCCAGAGUGAGAAGGGAGACAAGGGACAACAAGGGUUCCGUGGCCCACCUGGCCCCCCUGGCCCCCCCGGACCUCCAUCACAGGAAGCGGGGGGAAAUGCUGUUUUAAAUUACCUCCCAGGACCACCGGGUCAGAGAGGAGACACAGGAGACAGAGGAGAGAAAGGUUUUUGCAUUCCACAUCUAAACGGGGUCAAGGGUGAACAAGGGCUACCAGGACCAAGGGGAAAACCUGGCAAAGAUGGAGAAAAUGGAUUUAAGGGAGAGAGAGGCUUUCCUGGUGGCCCUGGAUACCAUGGAACACCGGGUGAAAAGGGAGAGAGAGGCCCUCCAGCAAAUGGUGAUGGUGCUCCUGGCUCUCCUGGACCCCCUGGCCUCCCAGGCUUACAAGGAGAAAGAGGUUUCCCUGGUAUUCAAGGAGCUCUGGGCCUACCAGGCAGACAUAUUGAGGGACCCCCCGGAGAGAAGGGCCGGCCAGGAGAGGUCGGUCAGAAGGGAGACAGAGGUGCAGAAGGGGAGUCUCUCAGAGGAAAGCCUGGACAAGAUGGGCUUGUUGGACACCCUGGUCCUCCCGGACCCCCUGGGGAUGAGCCAUGUGAUCCGGCCCUUGAAAAGGGCCCACCUGGGCCCUCCGGCCCACCUGGACUACAGGGGGAGUUAGGACAGAAAGGUGAUCAGGGAGACACGUGUGUGCAGUGCGAAGCCUUCAGCCCACCUGGACUUCCUGGCCCCCAGGGGCCCAAAGGACUGCAAGGUUAUCCUGGAGUGGCAGGCAGUAAAGGAGACAAGGGGGUGCCUGGACCUGCUGGGCUUGAUGGGAGCCCUGGUAAUUCAGGUACUCCUGGGUUGGUAGGUGCUCCAGGAGCCCAUGGUGAACCUGGCGACAUCAACCUGGCUCCAGGGCUGAAGGGGGACAAAGGUCAGCCUGGUUUCGUUGGCACACGAGGUCUACCUGGUGUAGAUGGACUGCCAGGGAAAGAAGGACUAGCAGGCCUGCCUGGAUCCAAAGGAGAACCUGCCAGGGAGGGCAUCAAGGGGGACCGUGGUCUCGAUGGGGACCCUGGUUUCUCUGGAACCCCAGGAGAGAGGGGUCCUCCUGGGUUACCAGGGUUUGGCCGGCCGGGGGAGCCUGGAGAGAAGGGUACAUCUGGUCAACAAGGCCGACUUGGAAUCCCUGGACAACCAGGAGUGAAAGGUGAACCAGGUAAAGAUGUGAGCUCACCUGGACCCCAGGGCGCCCCCGGACCUCGAGGACAAUCUGGCAUCCCUGGACUACAAGGUGACAGAGGACUUCAGGGAGACCCUGGAAUGCCAGGAUUCCCCGGACAGAAAGGUGACUCAGGUGUCCCCGGCAUUGGAUUCCCAGGACUACCCGGGCCUAAAGGAUACUCUGGAGCCCCAGGAGCCCCUGGGUUGCAAGGAGAGCCUGGGAGAUCUGGACAGGAUGGUUUCUCUGGCAAACCAGGCACACCUGGUCCAAAGGGUGAGCCAGGUCGGGGUCUACCUGGUCCUAAAGGUUCUCAGGGCCCUCCUGGAGAGACAGGUUUUCAUGGAGAUAAAGGCAACGUUGGUCCAACUGGUAUUCCUGGACAAGAGGGACCCUCAGGACCACCUGGAUCUCAGGGAAUUCAAGGUGACCCUGGCCCCCCUGGUCAGCAUGGUGGCACUGGACCCCCUGGACCCCCUGGGGCAGGAGAACCUGGGGCCCCUGGGCCAAUAGGACCCCCUGGAGAGCCAGGCCCCUUUGGUCAUGAAGGUGUGAAAGGAGAUAAGGGCUUCCCUGGCUCUCCUGGUCUGGACAUGCCCGGCCCCCAGGGAGAGAAGGGAGACUCAGGAUUCCCUGGACUGUCUGGAUCAAAAGGGUUGCCAGGAAGACCUGGCCCGGCUGGCAGAGACGGAUUCCCCGGAGACCCAGGCCUCAAGGGAGAGAUGGGAGUCAUGGGAACGCCUGGAACACCAGGAUAUCAGGGUUCUGCUGGGAGCCCUGGAACUCCUGGACAGAGAGGCAACCCGGGUGUCUCUGGUCCUAGGGGGGAGUUUGGUGAGCCUGGACCCAAAGGAGAGAGGGGAGAGCAGGGUCUGCAGGGUCCUCCUGGCAACAUGAGUGAGCUGAACAUGGGGGCCAUGAAGGGACAGAAAGGAGACAGCGGAGACACAGGUGACCCUGGACACACCGGAGAGAAGGGUUAUCCAGGACAGGCCGGAGUACCUGGUAUGCCAGGAAAGGAUGGAGAGCCCGGUACACCUGGUCAACCAGGUGAGAAAGGAGACACAGGUGUUCCUGGUGAGCCCGGCAGUACUGGGUAUCCUGGAAACAAAGGAAGCAUUGGAGAAAUGGGAUACCCAGGUUCUGUGGGUCCGAAGGGUGCUAAAGGCAUUGUGGGCACAACGGGUCACUCAGGGUUCCCGGGUACAGAGGGGGUGAAAGGAGACAAGGGAACAGUCGGUUUACCAGGUGUCGGAGUGCCAGGACCCCCUGGAGAGAAGGGUCAGUUGGGUCUGACUGGUUUCCCUGGUAACGCAGGAGAGAAGGGUCAGAAGGGAGGAAUGGGAGUCCCCGGGAUGCCAGGAACACCAGGAACCAAGGGAGACACUGGUUACAUUGGUCACCCAGGUCAGCCGGGUCAGCCAGGAGAGAAGGGUGUCGGUGGGCUACCCGGGUCAACCGGAGAGCCAGGUCAAACAGGUCGACCAGGUGAGCCUGGUCUGCAGGGUCCCCCAGGUCCGACUGGAGAGAAAGGAGAGUCAGGAGUGGACGGCAUCCCUGGAUCAUCAGGAGACAGAGGAGACCAAGGUUUUCCUGGCAGAGGCUUCCCAGGAACGCCGGGGUCGUCUGGGUUUAAAGGUGAUAAGGGUAGUCCUGGUUUCCCAGGUUCCCCAGGUAUCCCGGGUAUCCCAGGGACCAGGGGAGAGAAGGGUACGGCAGGCUUCCAGGGCUCCCUGGGUCAGCCAGGAGAACAGGGCCACCCAGGACCCGCCAUGGAGGGGCCCAAAGGAGACCAAGGAGUGCCAGGAAAGCCUGGAGAACCAGGUAUCAGUGGUGUUCCAGGUCCUGCUGGUGUUCCCGGCAGCGCAGGGGGGAAGGGAGACAAGGGAGAUCAGGGUAGACAAGGAGGACAGGGCGAGCAGGGCUUAAAGGGAGAACGAGGAUACUCUGGACUUCCUGGGCAAUCUGGCCUUCCAGGUGUUGAUGGACUGAAGGGAGAGAUGGGACUGCAGGGUGUGCCUGGUUUCCCAGGGACAAAGGGUGAAUUGGGUGUGUUUGGAUUGAAAGGAGAGCUGGGAGACAGAGGAUUCCCAGGAACUAAAGGUAAUGAUGGCCCCCCUGGUCCUCCUGGCCUCCACACCUUCAUCAAGGGAGAAAGUGGCUUCCCGGGUAGUCCGGGCCCUCAGGGGCCUGUAGGGCCCUCAGGUUUUCCUGGGCUGAAAGGACAGCAAGGUAUGACAGGUAUUCAGGGUAUUAAAGGUGACGAGGGAAACCCUGGGAUUAACGGUCUCCCCGGAGCCAAGGGAGAACCAGGCCUGCUUGGUCCCUCAGGACCGAGAGGGUAUCCCGGACCCCCUGGACCUGAUGGUGUUCCGGGUCAGGUAGGUCCUCCCGGCCCCUCCUCCAUGGAGCAUGGUUUCCUGGUAACCAGGCACAGCCAAUCGGUGGAGGUUCCAGAGUGUCCAGAGGGAACAUCGCUGAUCUAUGAUGGAUACUCCCUACUCUACAUCCAGGGCAAUGAGCGUUCCCAUGGACAGGACCUGGGUACGGCUGGUAGCUGUCUGAGGAAGUUCAGUCCCAUGCCCUUCCUCUUCUGUAACAUCAACAACGUCUGUUACUUUGCCUCCCGUAACGACUACUCCUAUUGGCUCACCUCCCCUGAGCCCAUGCCAAUGAACAUGGACCCUAUCACCGGCCAGGGCAUCAGGCCCUUCAUCAGCAGGUGUUCUGUGUGUGAGGCUCCUGCCAUGGUGAUAGCAGUACACAGUCAGAAUAUCAUGAUCCCAUCAUGCCCCAAUGGCUGGGACUCACUCUGGAUUGGCUACUCCUUCGUCAUGCAUACCAGUGCAGGUGCUGAGGGCUCUGGCCAGGCCCUGGCAUCUCCUGGCUCCUGUCUAGAAGAGUUCCGGAGCGCUCCCUUCAUCGAGUGUCACGGGCGUGGAACCUGCAACUACUACGCCAACUCCUACAGCUUCUGGCUGGCCGCCAUCGAGGACAAUGAGAUGUUUACGAAACCCGUACCCACCACCCUAAAGGCAGGAAGUCUCCGGACCCACAUUAGCCGUUGCCAGGUGUGCAUGAAGAGGACAUAGGCCUCGCCGCUGACCUCUCUGUGACCCUUAACCUCCCACCACAACCCAUGACCCCACCAAUCUUUCCGCGGUGUGGCUUGACUUCUUGUUAUUGAUCAAAGGAUGGUGCUAUUUCACUGUGUGUGAGGGAGGAGAGGGACAGAGACACACAGACAACAAAAUAACCAGAGAUCGCCGAAAGAGCAGAUCACCCACACACACACACACACACACACACACACACACACACACACACACACACACACACACACACACCGGAGACCAAGCCAUAACACCAACCGGCCCUUCGCUCCAUCAUGCAGAACUCUUUACUAACAUUAUCACAACGUUUCUCUAAUGAAUGGCGCCCAGUUUACGACUGCACUGAGUACACCCCCCCCCAUUUGUAAACUGGCGUCCAUUUUGAAAGGGGGUGUUUGUGCAAGUCAGGUGCUAUUGAAUCUUAUCUAUUUGCCUUAUUAUUUUCACUCAAUGCCACUGACUUUCAGCUCUGAGUUACAGUUAUAGAUAUUGUUAUUGUUCUUCACGUCUUUGAUCUUUUUACUCUUUGAAUAACACAGUACUAAUUUAAGAAUGGGAGUUACCACUGGCUUGUCACAGUGAGAGACCAUAGGUUAAGUGUUGCUAGCACACAGGCAUAGUGAUGGUUAUGUUGUAAAUAUAUUGCUUUUCUUUUUCCUACUUAACAUAACAGCCACCAUAAUCUAUAUUUCAAUUUGUAUUUUAUUUAUGAAAUUUAUGAGAAUAUGUAGAAUGGAUUUGAGUUGCCAAAUAACCAUAAACAAUGUGAGAUAUGAAAGUACAGUAUGUUAUUUUGGUCCAGCCGGACCCAGGCACUUAAAGUUACAAUACUGCGUUUAGCAUUACAUAUUACAUUUAGCAUUAUAUGUUACAUUUAGCAUUAUAUGUUACAUUUAGCAUUACAUGUUACAUUUAGCAUUAUAUGUUAAAUGUAGCAGUACAUGUUACAUUUAGCAGUACAUGCUACAUUUAGCAUUACAUGCUACAGUUAGCAUUACAUGUUACAUUUAGCAUUAUAUGUUAAAUUUAGCAGUAUAUGUUACAUUUAGCAUUACAUGCUACAGUUAGCAUUACAUGUUACAUGUAGCAUUAUAUGCUACAGUGAGCAGUACAUGUUACAUUAAGCAUACAUCAGUCCUGCCGCUAUAGGCCAAGACCUCCAGUGCCUUGUGGUUCACUAUGAAAAACAGAACAGUGAAAUAAAGCUGUGGCAACAUCACUGAAA